UGUACUCAAGUGCUAGCGAGUAGUUCUGGGCUGACAACUAACAGUCUUGAUCUUUCGUAUAAUCAUCUUGAAGGAGAAAUACCCAGAAAUGGAAUAUUCGAAAAUUCUACAGCUGUUUCACUUGUGGGUAAUUGGCGGCUCUGUGGAGGUGCCAUGGAUCUUCACAUGCCCAUGUGUCCUGCUGUUUCUCAGAGACGUCAAGAAGAACAUACUCAAUUUUGCUUCUUUUGGCAAGAAAUUCCCAAGAGUCGCUUACAAUGAUCUAGCUCGAGCUACAGGGAAGUUCUCAGAGUUAAACCUUGUCGGAAGAGGAAGCUAUGGUUCAGUGUACAGAGGAAGGUUAACUCAAGCUAAAAUACAAGUGGCUAUUAAGGUUUUUGACCUUGAUAUGAAGUGUGCAGACAAAAGUUUUGUAACGGAAUGCGAGGUUCUGAGUAGAAUUCGGCACCGGAAUCUUGUACCUAUCUUAACUGCAUGUUCGACAAUAGACAAUAAUGGUGACGCUUUCAAAGCUUUAAUUUACGAAUUCAUGCCUAACGGGAAUUUGGACACAUGUUUACAUAACCCAUAUUCACGCAGUUCUUCGAAAUGUUUGAGCUUACCUCAAAGAGUAAGCAUAGCUAUCAGUAUAGCCGAUGCACUGGCUUAUUUGCACAAUGAUUGUGAAAGGCAGAUUAUACAUUGUGAUGUGAAGCCAACAAAUAUCCUACUUGACGAUGAUAUGAAUGCUUAUAUGGGAGACUUCGGCAUUGCAAGCCUCGUUGGACAUUCAAGCUCAGACUCCUCAAUCGGACUGAAGGGAACGAUAGGGUACAUAGCUCCUGAGUAUGCUCAAAGUGGCCAGGCAUCAACCUGUGGGGGUGUUUAUAGUUUCGGAAUAGUACUCCUAGAGAUGCUCAUUGGCAAAAGACCAACGGAUCCCGUGUUUGAGAAUGAACUCAACAUGGUCAACUUUGUGGAGAGGAACUAUCCAGAUAAGAUACUGCAUAUUAUUGAUGCCUCUCUCCGUGGAGAACGCAAGGGCUACAUUCAAGCGAAUAUUGGAAAAGAAAAUGUGACCUAUGGAUGCCUGUUAUCACUCAUACAAGUCGCUCUUUCUUGUACUCGUCACAUCCCAAGGGAACGCAUGAACAUAAGAGAAGUAGCCAAUAAGUUGCAUUCAAUUAGGACAUCAUACAUUAGAGCAACCAAGUGAGAGCAAGUCAUGCUUCACUAGAGUGGUUUACAAUAGGUCAUUACCUCAUGUUAUAGCGGGUUGAGUUUAUCCCUCGUAUUGCAAGUGAAAUCAGCCAUGAGUACACGGAGUAACUUGCAGAAUUUGGGGUUACUGAUGGAUGCAUGAUGCUGCUAAGUGCUGACGCAUAUUACUAGUAGCAUUUUUUCUUUGACAAAUAGAGGUACUAAGGGCUCCUUUGAUUCAAAAGAAUUCUAUAGAAUUUUUGGAGGAUUGAAAUCCUUAGAAUU